GAGGACUCACGCAAGAAGUGUUCCAAGGCCAACCUCCGGAGGCAAGCAAAGAGGCGGAUCGGGCCCCUGAGGCACUGACCGGGCGAAUGAUCCGUGGACGAUGAACCCCGCGGAACGAAAGCCUGGCAAGCGGAUCCGACAUCGGUCGUCCGCGCGCGCACUCGCUCGUUCGGAAUGUACUCGUGGUGCCCGAUUGCUGCGACCUGGACGGGGGCUGGGGGGCCUGACCAGACCUGACGAGAACUGACCUCGCCCUUCGAGACCAUCAAUUCUCGUGGGAGGGGCUGCUCCUGCCCGACUGGCCCGCAGCCUGCCCACUUGCGGAGCCUGGAGCCGCUGUGCGCCUCUUUGUCCGUGCGAUCUCCGUUGUCUAUAUUGUGCUUCGAUCAUGAGUGUGGGCAAUGAUGUAGUUCCAGAAUCCGGCUCGGCAUUGUCGCGUUCGGCCUGCGGCUCGAAGAAUGGCCAGCUCCAGGGUGGGUCGAAAUCGGCGGGAUCGUGGUUUUACGCAUCGCCACCGCUGAAGAAGGGCAAGAGGUCGAGUGGCACUACGGCCGCGACUCCGACGUCGGUGUCCUCGUCCUUUUCUUCGACUAGUGCUGCUAGUGAGAGGCGCGGGUGGGCAGGAGGCCAGACCGCUCCGAAGAAGAGAGGUCCAGCUGCGAAGGCCAUGCCAGUCGAGCAAGAGCGCAUGUCAGAGAUCGACGUCGAAGCGCGGUGUUUUCCCUCCGACUGCGUGGGGAGGAUGGGAGCAGAAGGGGCAUGGAAAAUUAAGACUUCAGAGAAAGUGACCCAGUGGCUGGAGGACUCUUGUCAAAGCACGGUGACAGGCAUUGCGAUGCUGGUGUCUUCCACCGCCACUUGCGCUAAGCUGGAGCCUCGAGUAGUGACGUUGGAUUCCGAAGCAGGGCAGGAAGAGGUCGGCAGCCACACCCACAACGAGCAGGGAGGGCACAAUAGCUGUCAACGAGGGGGCGACGCGUCUGCUAAGAAGAUCAAAUUUGCCGAUCAGCGUUUGUCUGGAACGACAUUGGCACCGCAGGCUGAUCUUACAGCUACGACUAGUGGAAAGGCUGUGGCUUGUGUUUGCGGGAUCAGGUAUUCAGUGCGUUGCUUGAAGAUGAUCGCGUGUCUUCCGAUAGUUCUAUUGGGGUUGUACCUUAAGGUGAGGCCAAAUUCCUGGGGACAGUUUGAUCCGCCUCCCACGUGAGAAUUUUGCUCGGGGUUGUUCACCUCAGCAUUACGAAGAUCGGAGACGAAGACGAGUGCAGUGCAGUCUGCUGAUGAACUCAAGAGACAUCAGGGAGUCUUCCUGCCUGGUAAAGGGUUCCUGGAGAGUUCGCGGAUAUUUGAUCGCCGUGGUUUCACAUCCAAGGUGGUGAUAGAACAUGAUAUUUCGCACGCAAUUCAGAGGCUGGGGUCAGAUGACAUGCUGUGUGCACUUUCGCAUUCGACGGUGGAUAAUAUCUUUCAACAGUGGGCAUCUGUUGAUCGGUGUUACAAAUCAUCACAAGCUAUGCAAGUCACUAUCGCCCUAGAUUCUGCCAUUAUGAUUGGGACGAUAACGAUCUUGUACAACAUUCGCACGUUCACUUCCAGUGAGUACUUUCAUUCGGGACAGAAAAUUUGAUCGAGGUUUGGGAGUUUUCCUCCAACCGAGUGAUUGUGGUGUAAAUAACACACAACGACGAACGUCCUUGCAAGACAUCACGAUGUGCACAUAUCUUUAGGAGAAUGAAUUGACAGUAGAUAGAAAAAGAUUCAGGUGAAUGUUGUAUCAAAAACGGUUUUGACAUAUAUAUAAUAAUUGUACAAUGAAUUGAAAUUUCACC